AGAACAUAAUAAUGGUUGUCCCAAGCUCAGUAGUCUGGCAAGUAAUUAAGAAGAACAAUGCUUUCUUAGUCAAAAGAGGAAGAAAAGGAGAGCAAUUCACAAAAGACCCACUCUCCCUCACCAACAGAUUCAACGCUUCUGACUCUGGAUUGUCUAACUAUAACGCUAUCUCAGUUACCGGAUCCACUGAAACCUCUAAAUCUGCUAAGGCCAACAGAAGAGUUUUCAACGUCAACAUCAAACACGGAGGACACCACAGUGCUAAGAAGACCACUGGAUCUGUCUACUCCAAGACAACUGUCAAGAAGGAGAUUAACAGAGUCUCUAAGGUGAUCAACUCUUUGCAAGGAAUUACCGAGGACAAGAGACAAAAAUUGUUGGAGAGACUAUACAGAGUCCACGCCACCACCAAGGCUUACCCAGUUGCAGCCAAGGAGAAGAAGGAGGAAUAAUUUCUCGUAAUGAAUUGUCUAAGCAUAAAUUUUU